GCACAGGAGGGAGAAACCAGGACCCCAGAGGAGAGUGGGCAGCAGCAGGUGCCAGCAGGCACCAGGACUCCCAGGAUCCCAGAACCCAGGCCUUGCUGCCAGCAGACCUGAGUGGCAGGUGGGCAGGUGGCAUCCCUGCCUGCGUCCCCCUCUCUUGCCUCUAGCUCAGCCGCAAAAACUCAAAGAGCGACCGUGGGGCCCUCAAUAAAUAUUUGUCCAAUGAGUAAAGACAAGGGAGGGGGCGUGUUUUCAAAGCCUGUCCUAGUUCUCCCUGUCGACCACACUUCAGUAGUCACCGCCCAGAUAAAACUGCCCCGUCCUGGUGACUGUCACCAGCGGAGGAGCCAUGCCCAGGUACACGGUGCACGUGCGCGGAGAGUGGCUGGCCGUGCCCUGCCUGGACGCACAGCUGACCGUGGGCUGGCUGGGCCGGGAGGCCGUGCGCCGGUACAUCAAGAACAAGCCGGACAAUGGCGGCUUCGCCUCGGUUGGCGAUGUGCGCUUCCUCGUGCGCCGCUGCAAGGGCCUGGGCCUGCUGGACAACGAGGACCUGCUGGAGGCGGCCCUGGAGGACAACGAGUUCGUGGAAGUGGGAACCUCACCAGACUGGAGGCCAGUAGCAGAGAGGAGUUCGGAUUUAAAACAAAAUAAAGCCAGAGAUGGGGAUGGAGUUAUAGAAGGGGACACCAUGUCCCCUGACUUCAUCCCAUCGCAACCAGAAGGAGUUUACCUAUACAGCAAAUACCGGGAACCUGAAAAGUACAUCGCCUUGGAUGGGGACAGCCUGACCACAGAGGAUCUGGUCAGCUUGGGCAAGGGACACUACAAAAUCAAGCUCACCCCUACUGCUGAAAAGAAGGUGCAAAAAUCCAGGGAAGUCAUAGACAGCAUCGUGAAGGAAAAAACUGUUGUUUACGGCAUUACUACAGGUUUUGGGAAAUUUGCCAGAACUGUAAUUCCUACCAGUAAGCUAGAGGAGCUCCAGUUCAACCUAGUACGUUCACAUUCUUCAGGUGUUGGGAAACCACUAAUCCCCGAGAGAUGCCGGAUGCUCUUGGCUUUAAGGAUCAAUGUCUUAGCCAAAGGAUACAGUGGCAUUUCCUUGGAGACUCUCAAACAAGUUAUCGAAGUGUUUAAUGCCUCCUGCCUGCCCUACAUUCCAGAGAAAGGAACCGUUGGUGCCAGUGGAGACCUUGCCCCACUCUCUCAUCUUGCUCUUGGGCUAAUUGGGGAAGGGAAGAUGUGGUCUCCGAAGAGUGGCUGGGCUGAUGCUAAAUAUGUCCUGGAAGCUCAUGGGUUGAAACCAGUUGUUUUGAAACCAAAAGAGGGUCUGGCGCUUAUCAAUGGGACGCAGAUGAUCACCUCCCUGGGCUGUGAAGCUGUGGAGAGAGCCAGUGCUAUUGCUCGGCAGGCUGACAUAGUGGCGGCCUUGACUCUGGAGGUGUUGAAGGGCACCACCAAAGCCUUUGAUACCGACAUUCAUGCUGUUCGCCCUCACCGUGGGCAAAUUGAAGUUGCUUUUCGGUUUCGGUCCCUCUUGGAUUCAGAUCACCACCCAUCCGAAAUAGCAGAAAGCCACAGGUUUUGUGAUCGCGUUCAGGAUGCAUAUACCUUGCGCUGCUGUCCACAGGUCCAUGGUGUGGUGAAUGACACAAUAGCGUUUGUGAAGAACAUCAUUACCACAGAACUUAACAGUGCAACAGAUAAUCCUAUGGUCUUUGCCAGCAGGGGAGAGACUAUUUCCGGAGGAAAUUUUCAUGGUGAAUACCCAGCCAAAGCCCUGGACUAUUUGGCUAUUGGCGUCCAUGAACUUGCUGCGAUUAGUGAAAGAAGAAUUGAAAGGCUCUGUAACCCCUCCCUCAGCGAGCUGCCUGCCUUCCUGGUGGCUGAAGGAGGUCUGAACUCUGGAUUCAUGAUAGCCCACUGUACAGCCGCAGCCCUUGUUUCUGAGAACAAGGCGCUGUGCCAUCCCUCAUCCGUGGACUCCCUCUCCACCAGUGCUGCCACGGAGGACCACGUCUCCAUGGGAGGAUGGGCAGCAAGGAAAGCCCUCCGGGUCAUUGAGCACGUGGAGCAAGUGCUGGCCAUUGAGCUGCUCGCAGCCUGCCAGGGCAUCGAGUUUCUACGCCCCUUGAAAACCACCACUCCCCUGGAGAAGGUCUAUGACCUGGUGCGCUCUGUUGUAAGGCCCUGGAUAAAAGAUCGCUUCAUGGCCCCAGACAUCGAGGCAGCACACAGGCUGCUCGUGGAGCAGAAGGUUUGGGAAGUAGCUGCACCCUACAUCGAAAAGUACAGAAUAGAGCAUAUUCCAGAAUCAAGACCUGUUUCUCCAACAGCAUUCUCACUGGAAUUUCUGCAGAGGAAAUCCACCAAAAUCCCAGAGUCUGAGGAUCUUUAAUGGGUUUUGUCAUGGAUUAGCAGAUCAGAUGGUACAGAGUUUAACAGCAAGUCACGUUAUGCUGAAGGAGAGACGGGAGAACUUCCCCAGGGAGACCAAACUAGUCUAUAGUUCAGUUCUUUUAACACCUGCUUUGGUUAGGCUGGUGACAGUGUUACAUUUGCUAAAGCUCACACUUUAGUGUUCUCACUGACCCGGGCAGAGAUGCAGUGGUGUUUUCAGGUUACCGGAGUUUUCUUUCUUAUUGGUAUCUGUGGGAUCCUCACUGUUAAGGGUGAGAAGAGUAACCACAACCGCAUGGAUCUCUGACUUUCAACAUUACAUGCAUUCAAAUCUUGAAACAGAUUGAUGACAUUCUUUUCCAAAAACGUUAGACUUCUGUGA